GUUAACUACACUUCCACUCCCUCCUCCACCUCCAACCUAUCUCCUUGUGAUUUGACAUCCCUUUCUUUCGUCGCCCUCCCCAGUUCAACCUGUCACCUCAAACUCUUCUUUCCUCCAGUCUCUUAUCCACUGCUCUCUCUCGUCCCCUUUCUAUGGUAUAUACACUUUAAACGUCCGCAGGCUGGCUCCAAUCUCCGGUCGGACUCCUCCGCCCCUCAUUUGUCUUCAUGUCUCUACCCCACAGUCGAUAUACAAAAACGGCAUUCUCCCCUACACAUGGAGGUUCAUACGUUAGUUUGUGCGCCGGGGAAACCUCCCUCCCCCGCACCUCCCCAGCUUUCCGCUGCGCCUGAAAAGAGAAAGCGGGUCCGCCGAUGGCAUCACCGAGGCUUUACAGGGUGUUCGACCUGUCGCCGACGCCACGUCCGCUGCGACGAAGCGUCGCCCUCAUGCAAGAACUGUGUGCGCCUAGGUCUUGAGUGUGAUGGGACGCAGGGUCGCAUGACCUUCAAGGUCUACGGGCCACCGCAGGAAUCGUCUUCUGCCACCGCUAAAAAGACCGAGAAAAAGAUUAAUCGCCCCGGAGAAAUGCAAAUCAAAUUGGAGCCUACAGAAAUUGAGAACGAGCACUUCGAAGCACUGGUGGUGUCCCCGACAACGGUUCCCGAUUUGAAACCUAUCAAGUUCCGUUUCCAGGAGCCCAUCUCCCCUGCUGGAUUCCUGUCAUCGUCUUUGGAUUGCGUGGAAGGCCGGUAUUACACUCACUUCGUGGAUCAAGUCUCUACGCUACUCCUGAUCUACGACAAUUCGAUAAACAUCAAUCCUUACCGGAGAUUCUUCCCUGAACUUGCUCGAUCAUCGCCGUCAAUGGCUAGCGCCAUGCAAGCAAUGGGAGCGUUGCAUCUCGCCAACACGUCUAAGGGACAGCAGCGAAACAAGCAUUUCCAAGAAGCCAUGAGCAGUUACGGCGAAGUAGUCAAGUCAUUCAGGACUCGGUAUACAGAACCUGAUCAGGGCGUGCGGUUGACCGAUUUUGCCACUUGCCUGUUACUAUCACUGUUCGAGAUGAUGGAUUCUCAACAUCAUAAUUGGGCCAUUCAUCUUAAAGGAGCUCGCGAGAUCUACCGAAUGCUGUUCUCCCCGAAUAGCGACCCCGAUAAGGAAGCCAAGCGUCUCAAGGAAAUCAACCACCCACUUCGACCCUUCCUUGUUUCUCUUCUUUCGUACCUAGAUGUUGCGGGUGCCUGUGCUACUAGUGAGGGGACGGUUGUGGAAGGCAGCUAUUGGAGGACACAUGGAGGCGGCUGGGAAUAUAACCUAGGCACCCCCAGCCUUUCUGCCGAAACUCCCACCUAUAACCAGUUUCUGGUCGAGCUGCGGCAAUGUUGGUCCGUUAUGAUGGAGAUCCAGGCGUCUAUCAGCGCAUUUGGAAAGGCUAAGCAUGACCGCUUGAUGUCGCCCGAACAACAAGAUCUAGUCUAUCACGAGCUGCUACAGAGGCUGGUCCAGUGGCGGCUAACUGCACCACAAUCCCUCCAAGUAUUGGGAGAUCUGGACGACGAGAGCUUGCGCCAGUAUCCGUAUCCGGAUGUCGUCGAAUAUGCGGGAUGUAUCGAGGCCUACGAGAAAGCGACCAACAUUUUCCUGCACAGAGUGGGAGCGGCAGAUCGCCCUGACUGGCAACCUCAAAGACCUUUGCUGGACAUGCUUGCCUCGCGAAUUCUGGCAUUGAUUGGGAAGCUCGCAAAAGACGUGGGCCAGUUGGCGGUGCUUUGGCCUCUCUUUACGGCAGGUCGAGAGACGCGAGAUGAGCAGGAACAGAAAUAUGUGCGACAGACAAUGACCGACCUUCAACGGUUCGGUUUCAAGAAUGUCGACAGAGCCCUUGAGGAAUUAGAGCAUGCAUGGUUCAAGCAACGCACCUUCCCAGAAGGCUGGGUUGACACCAUGGACAAUGUUCGUUCCGCGAUAUUGCUUCCUUAGUCACGAGUAUGAGAAACGCUAUCAUGCCGCACCUCGAACAUAAGCCUGCUGUCGACUUCAUCAUCGGUCGACAGCUAUCCGUCAAAUACUUGCACGACACCUGAUCGACUGUACCGGGGCCACGGCACCCUCUUUAUUUGGAUUAUUAGCGACGAAACGGAGUCCGAUUUCUGUUGAUCUCAGACAGGCGUUUUUAUAGGAAUUGAAGGCGUAUGUAUGGCUGGACAGGGGCUGGGCCCUUAGCUUAGACUUUGAAUUUGGGAUAUGUUUGAUAAUUUUGCGGACCUUGCAUGCAUCAUUGCAAUAGGACGGAUGCUUUUUUUUUUCUGUUCAGUUGGAGUUGGGGUACACAUAUAGAUGGAUACACGCACCAUAUACCAGACUUGCAAAAGUACUAUAUAGAGGUAGAUAGUAUUACUUUUCUGAUAUAUUUUAUGUUUUCUAAAGAAU